GGUACAACGCCAUGAACCAAAUUCCUCCACAAAGGAACAUUUCAACCGCACUAUAGAACACCCAAAUUUGCCAGCCAAUAGCUUUGGACCUUCGCUACCAUCCCAAGUCGCGCUUUUGUUUAUUACGCCUCUACAGUCUUGACUUCCCCUCCCUCCCUCCCUCUCUCUCUCUCUCUCUCUCUCUCUCUCUCUCUCUCCGGCGGCCGGAAAUCUCCUCAAAUUCCGCUGAUCUUAUCCCGGCUGACCAGCAGGCGAGGGGGGAGGAUCGGACGACUCUUGAGCUCAAUUUCUUGGAGGAUCGGCUGGCAUUUGUAAGAUAGUGCUCAGGAACGGGGAGAUGAGCUGCUUGCCGUGCUCCGGUUCGUCGGGGAAGGAUGCCAAGAGCUUGGAAGCGCUCUCGCCGUCCCCCCGGCCUGCGGCGAAGUCGGCACCAGUUCGAUCAAAUUCACGUGCUUCGGGCUCCAGGAAGGAAGAUUCUGUACCUGUUCGCAGAGGAGGAAACACUUCACAUGGCCCAGCACAGAUUUUCACUUUCCGGGAGUUGGCCAUUGCUACCAAGAAUUUCAGGAAAGAUUGCCUGUUGGGAGAAGGUGGCUUUGGUCGUGUGUAUAAAGGACGCAUGGAAAAUGGACAGGUCAUUGCUGUGAAGCAACUUGAUAGAAAUGGCUUUCAAGGAAAUCGUGAAUUUCUUGUGGAGGUUCUCAUGCUAAGUCUCCUACACCACCCUAAUCUGGUCAGAUUAAUUGGCUAUUGUGCAGAUGGUGAUCAGCGCCUCCUAGUUUACGAAUACAUGGCAUUGGGAUCACUAGAAAAUCAUCUGUAUGACAAGGAACCUCUUGACUGGAAUACAAGGAUGAAAAUUGCUGCCGGUGCAGCGAAAGGUCUGGAGUAUCUUCAUGAUAAGGCAAAUCCACCUGUCAUAUACAGAGAUUUCAAAUCAUCAAAUAUUCUCCUGGGUGAAGACUACUACCCUAAGCUGUCUGAUUUUGGGCUUGCAAAACUUGGUCCAGUUGGUGACAAAACUCACGUAUCAACACGAGUUAUGGGAACAUAUGGAUAUUGCGCUCCUGAAUAUGCCAUGACAGGACAGUUGACAGUAAAGUCUGACGUUUACAGCUUUGGUGUUGUGUUCCUUGAACUUAUUACAGGCCGCAAAGCAAUUGAUCACACCCAGCCUUCAGGGGAGCAAAAUCUUGUCGCAUGGGCACGUCCACUUUUUAGAGACCGAAGAAAGUUCUGCCAACUUGCUGAUCCAUUGCUGCAAGGCCGCUAUCCCAAAAGGGGUUUGUACCAGGCUUUAGCUGUUGCAGCAAUGUGUUUGCAGGAGCAAGCAGCAUCUAGGCCGCUCAUAGGAGAUGUUGUCACUGCACUAUCUUAUCUAGCUUCGCAUCCUUACGAUCCAAAUGCACCCUCCACAAAGGAUUCUAGGACCUGCCCUUCUACCCCAAGGGCAAAAACUCACCGACGAACAACCAGUGUUCCUGAUGCUCAACAUGCUGCUGAGUCACUUAUGUUGAACUUCCCAGACUUGAGGAAGGACACUAUCAGAGGAGGGGAAUUCGAGCAGGAUCGUACUGAAGGUUCUGGCAGCAGCAGUAGCUCCGGAAGGAACGAUGGUCUGGAUGUUCCGCAACUUCUGGCCGCUGUUAAGGUUGAUGCCCGUGAGAAAUAGAAUGCAGAGCCGGGCAAAUUCUGCAGGCAGCUUUGAUAGUACAUGCGAUCGAUGGAUUAUACCAUUCUUUCCCUGCUAUCAAUUUUGCCAGGAAUCUUCAUUGCUUGGCACGAGUCUCUUUUGACCGGACAUUGUUGAGAGUUGAACACUAUUACUUCCACACACUCCAUGUUUGGUUUUUAGUUGCCUCCAUGGACCACUUCUACAGUUCUUCCAGGUUUUACCUGAAGACUCAGGGUGAUGACAAGAAGAACCAUUCCGUCACUGAGAUUUAGACUUCAGAGCAUACUUUUGUAGAAUCACGCUUCGUGUGACAAUGUGCUGCGGAGUUGCGGCCUGGAUUGUGUGUCUGUACAUGUAAAUGGGUUGUAUUUGUAAGUAGAGCCGUUCAUAGAGGAUUUUUUUUCUUUCAUCGGUAAUGAUGUGAUGGAGUGAUUUGCAGAAGACAUGUCAUACAUAGUUCUGUACAGAACAGGAUGUUUGAUUUUUGGCUUGCUAUGUAACAUUGGCUCAUCAUAUACAUUAUACUUAUGAGGAAGAACACUGAUUCCUUGUGCCUGAA